AUGGCCCUGGUAAUAGCAGAUAAGGCUUAUCAGCUCAUCUCCCCCUCCCACAGACAGACAGAAAGUGCCAGAGUAAAUGGCACCCCGGGGCUCCACUGGCUGCCUGCCCUGCUGGUUAGGGAAGGCGGGGGCGGCCUGCAGGGUGUGCGCGCCUCGACUGACGAACGGCCGAGCCUGGCCAGCCCAGGCGGCUGGACCCGGCAGACAGGGCGCGGAGCCCGGGCACCCUCGUGCCCCCCUGCGGCGCGCCCUCCCCCCUCCAAGCGAUGUCGAAAUAAAAAGCCGCCGCGCCGCGGCCGGGAACCGAGAGGCGGCGAGGACCAGGAGAGGCGGCCGGGCCGGCGGGGCGGCAGCUCACGGCUCGGCUCUCCCCCGCCCGAGGUCGCCCCGACCGCCGCGGUUCCCGGGCCCCGCCGCGCGGGACAAAGGCGGCCGCCCGGGACCCAGCUCCCGCCGGGGCCCACGCCGCGCCGGGGCCCACGCUGCGCCCACCGCCGCCGCGCUGGCUCCCGCGGGCCGCCCAGCCACGCCGCGCGCGCCGCCGCCCCGCUGAGCCCCGGCCCCCGAGGGAGGGCGCCGCCCACCGCGCCGCGGCCGGCCCGCCCCGAGGGCGCCCGCCUCCCGCCGCCCCCCAGCGUCCCGGCGCCGCGCGGCGCCCCCUCCCGCCCCGGAGCCCGGGCCUUUGUCUCGGCCGCUGCCACCCCCGGUCUCCGCGGCGGCUGCGCCCCGGCCGGGCCGCCGAGCGCCGGCUGCACCUGCCGGCUGGUCCCGUGCGCCGGCUUUGCGCGGCUUAACCCGGCCGCUCCCGCCCGGGCCCCCGCUCCCAGCGCCCCGCGGCCCUUUAUCCCGGGCGGCGAGGGUGCAGGUGUGGGGACGGCGGGGCGUGGAAGUCUCCCCUUGCCCAAGUCCGAGCCCGAACCCUUUCAGUGGGAUUUCAAUAAGAACGAGGCGGACGCAGCCUGCGGCAUCCGCCGUGGAGAGGGCCUGUCUGGACGCUGGGCAUUGAACCGUUCGGUGGCGGCCGGGCUUGAACUCGCGCUCACCCCAGCGGCCAGGGCAGCGUCCUCGGCGCUCUCCUCCGGGCGCCCGCACGGCAGAGGCCUGGGGUUGGGCCGCGCGGGGUGCCCUUGCCGAAAGCGGGGGUGUCGCCCGGCCCUGAGACGCCCGCUAGGUUCCGGGGCCUUCGAACACUGGAAACUCCGUGGCGGUCUCGCCUUGCGCGUUAACGAAGAACCGGGGGCCGGAAGGCUGGGAGAGGCCGAGACAGCCGCCCCGAGAGGGUGCGGGUCCCAAGUGGACCCCGCGGGGGGAGCGCGGCCUGGCGGCGCUGAGACCACCCACCUGCGCAGCCGACCCCGAGGCUCCGCGGCCUCGCGCCGCUGCAGCUCCCGGAGCCCCCCGCGCGGCUCCCGCCUAGUCUGGGUGCGGACCUCCGAGCCUCCCGGGCCCCGGCUGGCUCCGGAGCGCGGGGACUCGGGGAGCACGGCCGGCCGCAGGGACCCCACCCCCUUCCCAGGGCGCGGGAGGCGCGGGUUUCCGGCCCAGCGGAGUCCUGCACCCCGGGCCCCAGGCCUUUACCUGUUCCAAGGCCUCGGACGGACGGACGGACGCCAGCCGCAGAGGCCGGAGGAGGCCCUGCCGUGCGCGCGCCCCCUCUGUGCGGUCCGCAGAGGUCCCGGGAGGGGGUGCCGGGGGCGCGCCCGAGGAGCUGAGCCGGGCUGGGAGCCCCCCGGCCGAGGGGACCGAGGGCUUUCCUCCCUCCUUGGAUUAUUAAAAAGUUCAUUUCCUGGCGAAUCGGGUGACGUCAGGGGCCCGGCGUCGCGGUGGCGGGGCCGCCGGGCCGGAGAAGCCGCCUCCAGUUACCCAAUUACGGACUGUCAAUCCUGCCGCCCCUCCCCCCUCCUCGGGGGCGGCGGAGACCCCAGCCCUGCCCCUGCUCGGGACCAACCUGGGACCCCUCUGGAGGUAUUCCCUGGGGCUCUCGGGCCUGCCGAGGUAGAGCAGCUAGAUGGAGGGCUUCGAGCUCCGCCAGCCGCUCGCACCUGUCUAGAUUCCCCCAGAAGGCUUGGGCUGGCAAGCCUCUGUCCAGACUCCGGGCUAAUGUCCCCAGCCCAUACCCCGGGAGGGAGCCAGGUCUGUACGCCCGUCGCGGGGCUCACCCCCUCCAGAAGGGAGGUGUUGUGGGGGAAAGUCCAGGUGACUUUGGGAACAGAGUGUCAAAACAUUGCUUCCCUCUCCCCAAAGGCCGCCGGGGGGCCCCUCGGAGAACAUGUAUACAUACAUGUGUAUAUUAUACGGCUAACACGGAGUCUCCCUCCGGCCGACGCUGGCGCCAGUCCCCGGCUCCACGGCCUCGCCCCGGGCAGUUCGGCCUGGUGGUCUGCUAAGGCCACGCCCGGAGCCCUUACUCCUCCCUGGGCCACUGGCCAGACCGCGACCAUCGGUCCAGCGCGGCCCUAA